UAAGUAAAUAAAUAAAUAGAUUAUAGAGACAGGGUAUUCCUUUUGCAGUUGGAGCGGAGCAUCCAGUGGAACACUCGCAGCUAGGCAGCUCUCAACGCCAUGGCAGUCGGCAAGAACAAGAGGAUUUCCAAGGGGAAGAAGGGAGGAAAAAAGAAGGCUGCGGAUCCUUUUGCUAAGAAGGACUGGUAUGACAUUAAGGCUCCCUCCGUAUUCACCACCAGAAACAUCGGCAAAACUCUUGUUACCCGUACUCAGGGUACCAAGAUUGCCUCAGAAGGUCUGAAGCACCGUGUCUUUGAGGUAUCAUUGGCUGAUCUUCAGGGUGAUGAGGAUCAUGCCUUCAGGAAGAUUCGGUUGAGAGCUGAGGAUGUUCAAGGAAGGAAUGUCCUUACAAACUUCUGGGGUAUGGACUUCACAACUGAUAAAUUGAGGUCACUAGUGAGGAAGUGGCAAUCAUUGAUUGAGGCUCAUGUUGAUGUUAAAACUACCGACAGUUAUACAUUGAGAAUGUUCUGCAUUGGCUUUACCAAGAAGCGUGUUAACCAGCAAAAGAGGACAUGCUAUGCUCAGUCCAGCCAGAUCCGUCAGAUUCGUCGCAAGAUGCGUGAAAUCAUGGUUAACCAGGCACAAUCAUGUGAUCUGAAGGACUUGGUCCAAAAGUUCAUUCCUGAAUCAAUUGGCAGGGACAUUGAGAAGGCCACUUCUAGCAUCUAUCCUCUGCAGAAUGUGUUCAUUCGCAAAGUCAAGAUCUUGAAAGCUCCCAAGUUUGACCUUGGCAAGUUGAUGGAGGUCCAUGGUGACUAUUCAGAAGAUGUUGGUGUGAAGGUGGACAGGGCGGCUGAUGAGCCAAUUGCUGAGGCAGCUGAACCAGUAGGAGCUUAAAAUGGAAUUUUUCUGUGUUACCAUAAUGAUAUAAUUCUAAAAAGCAAUUUCUCAAGCAAGACAAUGUUUCAUGUACUUCCUCUUUCAUCAAUUUUAGAGAAUGCAAAAAUAGUAAUUAUUGGCUUUCUCAUUUUAGAUACCUUGUGCUUGCCAUUUGAAAUCAUAUGUUUGAACAAAAAUAGUGUUCAUCAUUCUACUGAAAUUAAAUCAAAUUUGUUGUCUGUCAA